AUGUCUGCUAAGGAUGAUGAUGAUGAUAAUGGUCAGAAGGAUAGUGGGAACUUCGAUUUGCUUAGGGUGGAUCCUUAUGAUAAGCCAGAAGGUCGUUCCUUUUGGGAUCUAUCUAAAAAGUUUUCAGUUGGGAUGAUAUUUUCUUCGAGAGAUGCAGUGGCUGCGGCUGUAAAAGAAUAUCACCUAAGACAUCAUCAUCAAUUUUAUUAUCAUGAAACAAGAGAGAAGACUUAUUCUAUAAAGCGUAAAGACAAAGACAAUGGGUGUGCGUGGAGGCUUCGAGCAUCCAAGAAAGAAGGAGAGGAUAUAUGGAAAAUUAAAAGAUACAGUGGAUCGCGCACAUGUACAAAUCCUCAGUUGACGAAAAAUCAUAGCCAAUUGGAUGAAAAUUUCAUUUGUUCAUUCAUCUUUGCAUUACUUGAACAGCAACCUGAUAUAAAAAUUGCUGCCGUACAAGCCGAAUUGAGGGAUAAAUUUGGAUAUGAGCCAUUCAUGACUGCUCAUCAUCAUUUUAACCCAGAAACAGUAUACAUGAUUGAGGAUAAUCUACAUUGGAUAAAUGAGCGAUUAAAUCCGAUGUGUCGUGUAUUUGACUGUAUGUUUUGGGCUUUUAAGCAAUCGAUUGAGGGAUUUAAACAUUGCCGACUUGUAAUCUCAAUCGAUGGGACAUUUUUAUAUGAAAAAUACACCGGGUGUAUACUGUGUGCAACUGCACUCGAUGGAAAUAAUCAACUCUUUCAAUUAGCUUUUGCCAUUGUUGAUAAGGAGGACAGUGACAAUUGA